AGUUUACGUUGAUCCGUAGGAACAAAAGGAUGUUCUAGAGACCAUCCCUUAGCGUAUGAUUUUUCUCAAUCUUCGAACUUCGGACAAUUGUUGUCUGUCCGGAUUCCGGAAUUAUCAGUGAAGAAUUGUCUCAAAUAACUAGAAUAUCCCCUGGUGAAGUGUUAAAUAAUUAAAAAAAAAAUUCUAUCGAUCAAAAGCUAACGUUUCCAUCAGACGCGAAGAGUUUAAAUCCCUCGAAAGACACCAUCCUUCGCGGAAGAAGAACUUGGUAACUGAGUGAGUGAAAGUAAAGGAACUCGGAAAGAUAGAAAGAACGAAGAGAAAGUACUAUAAGAAAGUGGAGAAAAAAAGCUUAAAAUGACUUCAAUGCCUUCCAGUGCCACAAUUUAUUCAUUGAUGCAGAAGGGAAACGCUUAGAAAUUCAACUUUUGUGCUUCAGGAUUGUUGUAACUUUCCCAGGGAGAGAAAACAUAAGGUUUUUCACCCCAUUUUGGAACACAAGAAGCAAACAGCAAAUAAACAUCAUUUAAUUAGGAAAUAGCAUUUCCAAGACUUGGAACGCGACAAAAGAACCAAUUUAAGUGGAUUUUGCAAUGAGAAUGUGGUUGUCAAUUGUUCUUCUGGUCAUUUGUGUUCAAAGAAUUUCGAGCUUUCAACCUGAAUUCGUGGAGCCCAUCGUCAAUAUUUCAGUAGCUGUUGGACGGGAUGCCACUUUUACAUGUCACGUUCGUCAUUUGGGUGGAUAUCGCGUUGGCUGGGUGAAGUCAGACACAAAAGCCAUUCAAGCCAUUCAUGAGCAAGUCAUCACUCACAAUCCACGCGUGAGUGUCUCCCAUUCUGACCUCAACACAUGGAAUCUACACAUUAAAUCCGUCACGGAGGAGGAUCGGGGUGAAUACAUGUGCCAAUUGAACACGGAUCCCAUGAAGAAUCAGAUUGGAUUCCUGGAUGUUGUAAUACCACCGGAUUUCAUCAGUGAAGAUACUUCAUCGGAUGUUAUUGUGCCCGAGGGAAGUUCCGUCAAAUUAACCUGCAGAGCUCGAGGAUAUCCCGAACCAAUUGUCACAUGGCGUCGGGAGGACAAUGAAGAAAUAAUUCUCAAGGAUAGUCUCGGUUCCAAGCAACACGUGACGUCAUAUCGCGGAGAAAUCCUGAGGUUGACGAAGCUUUCGCGUGGCGAGAUGGGAGCAUAUCUCUGCAUUGCGUCCAAUGGAGUUCCGCCGUCAGUGUCGAAAAGAAUUUCCCUCAGCAUCCACUUUCAUCCGGUGAUUCAAGUACCCAACCAACUUGUGGGAGCACCACUCGGCACAGACGUCACGAUCGAGUGUCACGUAGAGGCAUCACCAAAGUCUAUUAAUUACUGGAUUAGGGAUACAGGUGAAAUGAUAGUCUCUUCAGCCAAGUACCAUGUACAGGAGACCGCUAAAUCCAUCUACGAGACGCGAAUGUCGGUGACGGUGAGGAAUUUUAAGAAGGAAGACGUUGGAUCCUACCGAUGCAUCGCUAAGAAUAGCCUGGGGGAGGUGGACAGCAGCAUCAGGUUGUACGAGAUUCCUGGACCAACGAGAAAAGCACCCAAAUACGGAACAGAAACCAACGAUAUUCUCAAGAUGAGGCAUCCCUCGCCCAAGGUAACCUACCAACCGGAUGAGGAUGACUUGUAUGGGUCAGCUGAGGAUUUUGAUGAUACGGAAUUGAGUCAAAAUGGAGCUGGUCUUCCUGGAAGCUUCAUCAAGCCAACCAGGGCUGCAGGCCAAGACUCCUACACUCGUCACAUUGUCCCAAUGGUGGGACUCGUAACGAGAUCUCCGUAUCUCAUCCCAGCCAUUGGCGGUGAGGACUUUGGGUCCUCAUCUGCAGGACUAAUUUACAAAGACCUGCCUAGCAUAUGCCUCCCAACAUUCCUCGUGAUCUUAGUCACCAGCUACCUGGCCUCGUAAUAGACAGUCCUUUAGGGAUAUUGUUGCAAAAAUUAACUUGUUUUUGAUCCUACACCAGAGAUCCUGGAGAAGUGAUGCGGUAAGAUGGAAGGUUUUCGAAUUAACUAGGCUAAUGACAAAGACUUAGAUAAUGCGAAAUAUAUAAGCAGGUAAUUGAUUAACCAUCGAAUUGUGCUUCAAGUUGUAUUUUUUGGCCUCAUUGAGACAUCAACCCAAAGCCCCCUCGUGGAACUGCUAUGAUCCUUUUUAUUGAAAUAUUUAGAAAAAAAUAAAAUCAAAAUUUGGAAAAGUUCCAACAUAAAAAAAAACGGAACAACCCAGAGACAGGAUUAAUGUAAAUAAAUGACAAGUGAGAGUAUUGAGAUGCAUUUAAUUGAAAAAUUUAGUCAGAAAGAAGAAGAAAUGUAUAAUAUUCUUACUCUGUUUCAAGAGCUACACAUAUUGUCAAAAAAAGUGAAAAUAGGCGAAUUAUUUUGUAAAAAAAAGAAAUAAAAUAGUUUAAUGAGAAAUAUGUAUAUUAGAUAUUAAAUGAUAUGCAAUAAGAUUGUGUGCCAUUACUAGUGAAGAGAUAUAGUUAUAAAAUAACUCAAAUUACCAAAAUGAAAGAAAAAACUCUAUACAAAUUUGAAAAGACAUAUUAUUUCAGUUAAAUAUUUAUUCAGUAGGUUGAAAGGGCUUUUUGUAAAUAAGUCAAAAGAUACAUGACAUCUGAAAUGUAUUUAAUCUUAUGUAUAUCUGAAGAGGAAGAUCUAUUAAAUGUAUACACAGAA